AUGACCCUCAAACAUCAGCAUCAUCUUCCAGUGAGUUCGGAUCUUCGAACCGCAAUGAAAGAAGAUCAGCAAUCACUGUUGCAACUGCAUGAAGCUGGGAAUUUGCAAAAACAGAUGGCCAAUACUCGAAGCAAUGGCAAUGAGCAGAAAAUAAAGAUUCCAGCAAAAGCUCAAGCACAAGCUCACCCUGAAAAACGGACACAAGCUAAUACACAAGCUCCAACACAAGCUCCAACACAAGCUCCGACACAAGCUCCAACACAAGCUCCGACACAAGCUCCAACACAAGCACGUAUACAGAAGCAAACGAGGCAACCAAAAGGUCAAUUUAAACUCAUAUCUGUGAGUUUUAAAGAAGCGGCUUUAGACAGUCCAAGCUUCCGAGCCUCUGUAAAUCAUAUGGAUAACCAGUUGAACAAUAUUGAGCAAUGGCUUAUAGCCUUGAGUUCGUCCAUAAAAAAGCUUCCAAGAUAUUUGCAAGAGGUGGAGUCUUUUUGCAACUCUUUUUUGGAACAUUUGGCACCUGGGUUUUUACAAGACGGAUUUAUUGAUCAGGAGUAUACAGUGGAGGCGCUUCAUGCGACUAUCUUGGGACUAAAAACUAUAUGGGGACGAAGUUUAAACGCAUUUUCUAUCAAUCCACAAAUAUUGGAUGAAAUGAGCGAGUUCCGCAAGUCCAGAGUAGUCAAAUAUAGAGAGCUUCGUCGAAGAUUUGAAUUGUGCCAAAUUAAGUACGACAAGUACUUGAGCAUAUUCGUUAGUUCAUCUAAAUCAAAAGAUGCAGUUAUGGUGGUUGAGGAUGCAAAGCAACUACACCAAGUGAGAAAAGAGUACAUACAUAUCAGUUUGGACUUGGUUGUUGAGCUUCAAGAUAUAGGGAGCAGUUUGGAUCGUCUUUUGGUUACAUUAAAUUACAAAUUAUGGGAAAAGAAAUGGAGCCAGUUUGCCAACAGUGCUAGCUCAGAUGUCUUGCGCGAACAUUGGGAGAAAGUGCAACAAGUUCAGUCAUGGUGUGAGUCUUAUACUGUUGCAAUUGGGAAGUUGAGACACGAUAUGACGCAUGCAAGAUUGCAAGUAGAAGAAGGAGCCAACGUACAGUUUCAGCCUUCGCUUGCUCCGCUGGACUAUCUGUCAAGCUCGAUAAACUACAGGUCGUUGGCCGAAAUUGACGAGACGGGUUUUGAGAAGCAUGGGUAUCUAUUUAUGAAAUCUUGGGUCGAAAGGUCUUCAAAACCAGUUUGGGUGAGAAGGUGGUGCUUUCUCAAAAAUGGAGUAUUUGGAAUACUUGUUCUCUCUCCCUCACAAACAAGUGUAGAGGAGAGUGACAAAAUUGGUAUCCUCUUGUGCAAUGUGCAAUAUUCACCGAAUGAAGAUCGAAGGUUUUGCUUUGAAAUCAAAACAAGUGAAUUGACUAUAACUUUGCAGGCCGAAACCUUAAUUGAGCUCAAAUCGUGGCUUAAAGUAUUUCAGAAUGAACGUGACCGUGUGACGGCAGCGGCUCCGGAUAGUAGCUUGUUUCAAAUUGCAUCGAAUAGGUUUCCUCCUAUUCUUAACGAGUUUGCUUCAGGUGUAAAUACGGCAAUGGAUCGCGAACUUUCGAAUAUUCGAAUAAUCAAUUCAGCUGGACAAGCCAUAACAUCAAGCUCCUUAACACGGUAUGUGGAGAAAUUUGGGACCAUAUACGAGCGGCAUUUGUACUAUCAAAUCCCCAAAGUCAAUCCACCCAUCAUGACAGAUAGCACAAAAUCAGCAACUAUAGCAUAUAGUUGUGUUGCGGCAACUGUAUUGCCCACGGCAUUAACAGCAAAUAUCUGGGGAUCUGUAAACUGGGGGUUAUAUUAUUUGUACGACUCCGAAAAACAGUUUGCAGCUGAGAAAUUAGAGACCGUUAUUGAUUACGAAAUGGUAAAAUAUCAAGAGGACCAUUUAGGACUGAGCACCAUAUACCCUUCUUUUUUCCCGCAAAACUUGAUACCAUUAGACAUCCAGAUGCGUGCUUUAUUUGAAAAUGUACUACAACCAGGUGAAUAUUGUGUGAUGUCGUUUGGGUGUAUAUGGGCACCAAAUUCGAGACAAGAACUAGCAGGAAGGUGUUUUCUUACUACCAAUCAUGCUUACCUUUAUAACCAAGCCCUUGGGUUUGUUGCAUUGUACAAAGGAUUAAUUAGCCGAUUAGUUUCUGUUGAUUUUGUUGCACAGAGAAAUUUUGACCUCCUCAAAGUUUACGAUGUCGAUGGAGUAAUAAAACUCAAGCUAUUCCUGGAGGAUGUGAAACUAAUCAAAAAAAAGAUGACUUAUUUGAUUGACAACAUGGCUAGUGACCAACCAAAAAAUUUGAGAGCGGUUCUUGCUGCAUUUGUUGAAAUUGAAAGAGAGACUAAACGAGAAGAAGAGGAUCAGAAAAUCUUACGUAAAAUCAAUGAUUUGUCGAAGCAGUUGUCGUCGAAAAACCUAUCACAUGACAGAUUUGCAUUCACCGGAGACACUUCUUCGAUUGUGCCAUCUUUAAAUAGUGGUGCAUUGGCUAGAAAAAUUGAUUACACGGACCAUUACUCCUUAUUGCGUGAGGAUAUUUAUCCGAUCCCUCCAAAAGCUGUAUUUCAUGCCAUGCUAGGUGACGAUUCCGCUGUUUUCAAAGAUGAAACUGCUCUUACAAAAUUGGGGUAUUUUUUUAAAAAGCCAUGGAGAAGCAGUGAGCUUAAUGGCCAUCUUUAUAGACAAGCAACUAUACCGGUAUCAUAUGGAGGUAUAUCCAGUCGUUUACACUUUGAGCAAGAGAUUGAGGUUAUGGAUGACAAUUCGUACUACACAUUUACCCAUUCCAUUUCGGAGGUUGAAUUUUUUAUUGGUUCGCCUUUUAAACUUACUCAAAGAUUUGUAAUUGUUAGCAUCUCCGGUAAGAGAACAAAAUUAUUAUGUUUUUUCCGAGUCGAUUUCAAACGAUAUUCGAUAUGGAAUCCUUUAGUGCGCAUUGUGGUGAAUCAGAUCAGCAUUGACCAAUUUCGCAAGGUGAAUAAGAUGAUGAAAUAUGUUGUGAAAUCAGUGGGGCAUCAUGGUAUGAUUGUGAAAGCUAUUUAUUUGUACGGAAAACUCAGCCAUACAAAAGAAACUGAGACAGUUGAGCCAAUACCAUUGAUCCGCUUUGGAAUGCUAUUUAGUGUUCAGUUGCUCAGUGCCAAGAUUACCAAAACAUUGAAGCACUAUGCACGCUUGUGGUUACUAGCUGUAUUAACCGCUAUCAGAUACUUUGUCAAAUUUAUUAGUACAAAUUUUGUUUUGAUAGGCAUUAUCGUUUGUCUUUCUAUUCUUAACUUGAUGCUUGCUGGCAAGUCAACCAUAAAUUAUUGGACGGCACACAAAGCUAGCAAGUUGAUUCACGAUUAUGUAUCGCAGGAUCCAUUGAUGCUCCAACGUGCUGUGUACUCACGCGAUAUACAAGAUUACAUUCAAUCGAGCAUAAACAGUUAUUUCAGUCCUGAAACUAAAACCGUUGCCCGAAACCUCCGAAACGCAUACCAAGAUAUUGGUAUUAAACGACACGAAUUAUUGGUGCAGUUGAAACUAUUGGACAAGAUGGAGAAAGAGAUCAGUAUGGCCGAGUAUACAAACUGGUUGUAUGCUGAAGUGCAACAAUGCGACUACAUUCAGGAAAGUAUAUUGAGCCAGUUUUCAGGAAACAACCCAAGGGGCGAUUGGACUGAAUCUAGUACAGGUCAAUCAAAUCGUGGUGUUGAAAAUAUUUUGGAGUAUUGUCAAGAUUGUAGAGCAGUCCUCAAAGGAUUGAUUUAG